CGGAUAGCCUCAGAAGUGCAGCAAGGACGGGCGGUCCAAACCGAGGCUGACAGGUGAUGUCAUCAACCAAGAUGGCUGACAGCGGCGGCGGUCAUCGGGGGAAUCGGCGGAAAAACGCAGGAAAGCGAGGAGGAAAGCAGACCACGGAUAUGACGAAGGGCGCCGGCGGAGGCGGUCGCGCCGGGCGCCGCGGAAAAGGGCGGCAGAGAGGCGGGAAAGGAAACCAGCAAAACCAGGACGACGACGGACAGUUGACCAAUGAGCAGCCAGUGUUUAACGGUGCUAACGGUAUGUCGACUGAAGAGACCACACACUCAGAGCCGGAGGAGGUUGUGAUGGAGAGGGAGGGGGCUUCCAGUCAAGAGCCUACAGAAGAAUCAGCUGUUAGUAAUGGCGUAGAUGAGAACGAUUCCGCAGAGGCAGACUUGGACAGAGGCUCGGCCGCUGAGGCAAAGUCUUCAGCUGAAAGUAAGACUGCAUCCCAGUCACCAAGACAUCGUGUAAGAGGCGAGAUCGACCCUGAACUGGAGUCCGACCAUUCUGUUUACGAGGACGCCAAAGAGCCAGACCAGGACAAUACGGAGAACAUGGAGGACAACACCAGUGAGGAUGGGGAAGUGGUGGAGUCCGAGGGAGCUGGUACAGAGCAGGAGGAGGAUGGCAGCCAGGAGCAGGCUGAAGAGGAUGUGCAUCAAGACGAGGAGGCGGAAGGUGACAGGUCAGAACCCGACGAACAAGAGGUCGAAGGGCAAGGGUCGGGAGCUGAAGGUGAGGGGUUAGAAGAGGAAGAGGUUGAAGGUCAAGGUUCAGAGCCGGAAGAUGCUCAACAAGUUGAGGACACUGAUCUUGCCGAUGGGCCAGGAGAUGGAGAAGAGGAAGUGGAUGCUGGGCAGGAUGUGCCUGAAGAUGAGGAUGCGGAGGAAAAUGAAGAACCAGAGGACAGUACACAAACUGUGGGCAGUGAAGAAAAUGCUGAAGAGAUGGAAGAAGAAGAAGAAGAGCAAGAGGAGGAGGAGGAAGAUGAGGAAAUGGAAGAGGAGGAAGAUGAAGAAGAAGAUGAAGAAGAAGAGGAGGAGGUUGAAGAGAAUGGAGAGGAAGAAGAUGAUGAAAAUGGAGCUGAUGAAGGAGAAGAGGAAGAAGUGUCUCCGGAGGAAAAUGUAGACGAAGAAACCACGGCAGAAACUGAUGCGCAUCAAGAGCAACCAGAGGUUGAAUCUGACCCUGCUGAGAAUGGAAACAUGACAGUACAGCAAGAUGGUACAGGCGAUGUUCUCACUGCGGCCUGCAGCAAGCUAGUCAGCGAAGCCGGUACAGGCACGCCCGCAGAUGCAGACUCCAGACAUGGCUGUGACCGGGCCUUCAUCAACGUGGAGCUACUCAAGUCGGAGAGCAGGAGAAAGCCUCCCGCGGCCACCAGAGUCCGGGGCCCGAGGGAUGAGUAUGAGGAGGAUGCGGCGGAGGAGGACCAGCUUCCCCAGGAGGAUGCUAAGGACCUGCAGGACGAUGAGGAGGAGCUGGACCGGGAGGUGGAGAGUUACACUCAGGAGGACCUUCACGACCACCUGGGACAGAGACUGCCAGGUGUGCUGGAGGACAGAUCACCUGUGAAGACUCAGGUGCAGCGGGAAGCCAUCAGUCUGGCCCUGAAGGACAUACAAAACGCCAUCGCUCAGAGCAAGAAGGUACUUCAGUAG